CCCAGCUUCAAGGGAAAGAGACACCAUGGCUGCCUCCAGGUUGCUUCUGGUUCUGCUCUCUAUGGCCCUGCUGGCCCUGACCUCAGCUCAGAGGGCCAAUGAAGAUGAUGAAGAUUCUCUUCAAGAGCAACGGCUAAAGGAAAUAAAGGACCACAUUAAAGAACAAAUAAGUGAGCACGGCAAGAUGGCUGAGAACUUCAUCAAAGGGAACGAGAAGCGCAACAAAGGGAAAGGCAGAGGUGGUAACCGAGGCUCUGAUGGUGAAAGCUUGAGAGGUCAGGAUCGCCAGAGUGGAAAUCAGCAAGGAAGAGGUGGCCAAGGAGGCCGUGGCCGCGGUGGCCAGAAAGGCGAGAAAGGCCAGAAUGCAAAAGGUGGCCAGAAAACACAACGUGGGAAAGGUGGCAAGAGAAACCAGAGGGGUCAGUACUACAGCAGUCCUGGUGUCCAGUGCAAAGGGGAACCAGCUAAAGAUGGCCUCCUACGGUUCCCUGGGGACUAA